CACCAAGAAGAAGCAACUAUUAUCUCAGGAACAAAGAUGGCGGCACAGGUCUUUGAGGAAAUCCGGAAGGAUGUAGAAUCUUGGCUUGCCCUUGGAAACCAGAGGCCUCAUCUCACUGUUGUCUUGGUAGGAGACAACCCAGCCAGUCACACAUACGUAAAGAAUAAAGUAAAAGCAGCAGCAGCUGUAGGCAUUUCUAGUGACAUAAUACUGAGGUCCAAGGAUAUUUCUCAAGAAGAGCUUUUAGACCUGACUGCCAAACUAAACAAGGAUUUGAGAGUCAGUGGUAUAUUAGUCCAGUUACCUCUGCCAGAUCACGUUGAUGAAAGGGCUGUGUGCAACACUGUCGCACCUGAAAAGGAUGUGGAUGGAUUCCAUAUUUUCAAUAUCGGACGACUGUGUCUUGACCAGCCGUCUGUUAUACCUGCCACUGCUGCUGCUGUUUGGGAAAUAAUAAAGAGAACAGGAAUACAAACGUUUGGAAGGAAUGUUGUUGUAGCUGGAAGAUCGAAGAACGUUGGAAUGCCUAUUUCAAUGCUUUUGCAUACUGAUGGAAGACAUGAAAGGCCUGGAGGUGAUGCUACAGUGACAAUUACUCACAGAUAUACACCAAAAGAUCAGCUGAAGAUCCAUACACAGCUUGCUGAUAUUGUAAUAGUUGCUGCAGGUAUCCCAAAGCUGAUUACUUCUGAUAUGAUCAAAACAGGGGCAACAGUGAUUGAUGUUGGUAUCAACCACAUCCAUGAUCCUCUUACAGGGAAGGUCAAAUUAGUGGGGGAUGUGGACUUUGAAGAGGUAAAGAAGAAAGCUGGCUUUAUCACCCCUGUGCCAGGAGGGGUAGGACCAAUGACCGUUGCCAUGCUCUUGAAGAACACAUUCACUGCUGCUACGAAGUUUAUUCACUAAAAUUUACAAAUUCGAGCCAUUCUAUUUAUGGAUACAUAAACAUUUAUUUUUAUUACAAAUAUAUUUAUUUCUACAUUU